AUGGCUUUCUUGGAGGAUGGGAACCACACUGCAGUGACAGAGUUCAUCUUGUUAGGUUUAACAGAUGACCCAGUCCUUAAAGUCGUCCUCUUCACCAUCAUCCUGUGCAUCUACCUGGUGACUGUGUCUGGAAACCUCAGCACCAUCCUUCUCAUCAGAGUCUCCUCCCAGCUCCAUCAUCCCAUGUACUUCUUUCUCAUGCACUUGGCUUCUGUUGACAUAGGCAUUUCAUCUUCUGUCACACCCAAUAUGCUUGUCAACUUUCUGGUGGAGAGAAGUAGUAUCUCCUACACUGGAUGUGGCAUCCAGCUUGGCUCAGCUGUUUUCUUUGGGGCUAUUGAAUGUUUCCUUCUGGCUGCCAUGGCUUAUGAUCGUUUUGUAGCAAUCUGCAACCCACUGCUUUAUUCAACUAAAAUGUCCAGACAAGUCUGUAUCCAGUUGCUAGUAGGGUCUUAUAUUGGUGGUGUAUUUAAUGCUUCCUCCUUUACACUUUCCUUCAUUUCUUUUCUCUUCUGUGGUCCAAAUACAGUCAAUCACUUUUUCUGUGAUUUUACUCCUUUAGUUGAACUCUCAUGUUCUGAUAAUGGUGGCCUCAUUAUUCUUGAUUCAUUUUCUGCUGGAUCUAUCAUUGUGAUCACAGUCUUUGUCAUAGCCAUUUCCUAUACUUAUAUCCUCAUCACCAUUCUGAAGAUGCGCUCCACUGAGGGUCAACACAAGGCCUUCUCCACCUGCACCUCCCACCUCACUGCAGUCACUUUGUUCUAUGGGACUGUCACAUUCAUUUAUGUGAUGCCCAAGUCCAGCUACUCCACAGACCAGAACAAGGUGGUGUCUGUGUUCUACAUGGUGGUGGUCCCCAUGUUGAACCCCUUCAUCUACAGCCUGAGGAAUAAUGAGAUUAAGGGGGCUCUUAAGAGACAGCUUGGUAAAACAAUAUUUUCUUAG